AUGGAAGACAUGCCUCCGCCUCCGCCUCCGCCUCCGCCUCGUAAAGCUACAAGCAGAGUUUCGACACCUGUUUUGAAGGUGUCACGUCUUAUUACCGAGUCUGAAUAUGCCCUCGGUGCUGCUAGUAGGGCGCACUGUGCGGCGGUAAAGGCAAAUGUUGAUGGCAAAAAGGCAUCCAGGGCUCCUGAUAUCGAUGCUAGUUCCAAUGUUGAUAUCGACGCUACCGAGGCGACGAAUGCUGGCGCAGAUGAGACUUCUGGCAAGAGAAUGGCGAAUGGGGUCGAUAUGCGACCUUUUAAGAAGAAACGUCUUUUAGGUUCUCUCACUGAGAUGGUGAAAUUGCUUGUCGGGAGCGAAGCCCGCCCCGAAACGAUACUCGUUCACAAAAACCUCCUCUGUGCAGCAAGCCCUUUUUUCGAAGCAGCUUGCAAGCCCGAGUGGCAGGUUGAUGAGGAGUGUGUUAUUGUCUUGCCCGAAGAUAAACCCAAACUCAUUAAGCUUCUUGUGUACUGGAUCUAUAACCACGAAAUUGUAUACUUGGCUAGCUGGAAAUCUCUCGAGCUCACGAGAGCCCUUAUCAACACAUACAUACUGGCCGAAAAGUACCAAAUGCCGCAACUACAAAACGAUAUCAUCGAUGCCAUGGUGUAUGAGAUUGUUGAAAUGGGUAAUUACAUAUUCUCACCAGACAGCACAAUGAUCUAUGAUAAUACACUUCCAAGCUCUAAGCUUCGCCUUCUCGCCGUCAAUUUCGGACUGUACAAACCACACCGUCUUUAUUUAGAUCUAUUCGGUCAAGAAAGAAUUUCCAAAGACUUCGUCUGGGAAUUGGCAGUUUCAUUUUGCAAGGACGAAGCUGCUGGUGGAAAGACAGAGAAAUUCUUAACCUCCAAUAAUCAGCACUGUGAGCUGUAUCAUGUACACGAGGAUGAGCAGCAAGGGAUGUGCACUGUCCUUAAGCGUCCACAAUAUGAUGAUCCGGAAUAA